GUUGUGAGGCUGUGAGUUGACUAUAAUCUUCCUUUGGGUCUUGACUCUCGGCUGCUGUUGGCCAACUUUGGCCCUCGUGAGGGUUUUCUGAAGCUCAUCCAGGGAGCUGAGAUUGAUAGACUGAGGGGAAAAGAAUGAGCGUGAGUUAAAAAAAAAGGUAGACGAGAGAGACAGAAAGAAAGGAGGAAAGAAAGAAAGAAAGACAGAAAGAAACAUUGAGAAAGAAAGCAAGGAAGAAAGGAAGAAAAAGAAAGGGCUGAAGGGAGAGAAGAGGAAUGGAGGUGAGCAGGCUGGUCAGCAUGGAGCCUGUGAGGUUCUUGGUCAUCGCUUUCUUCUCCUGCCAUCUCUACCUGUCCUCAGCAUCGCACUGGACCAAAGCUCUCUACCCAUCAGCAUACAGAGUGAAGAGGGCCACGCCAGCGUUCAUCAACCCCACCUUCCAGAAGUCGGUGAAGGAUGUCAACUUGCUCUAUGAGAUCCUGCUGUCCGGUCUUCAUCUCGAUGAUGAAGAAGAAGAGGACGGCCUUUUCGCCAAGGUGGACAAAGAGCUGGCCUCCCUGCGCUGCGCCCAGACUCUGGAGGUCAUCUGCAAGGACGUGCUGCCCAGGAAGCUGUCAGAGAUCCGACGCCUGAUCGCCGAGCUGACGCGUCGACACAGCAGUAGCAGCAGUGGCUUUGGCGGUAGACCCAGUGGUAGCACCAGCAGCAGUAGUGGCACCUCCUCUACUGCCACCGCCACCUCCCCGCUGCGGCGAGAGGACUUUGAGCGCACUGUGUUGACCAUGGUGUACAUGGCCCAGAGGCUGGCUGUCAUCCCAGAGGGACACCAGAGGGACCUGUGGGCAGAGACGCUGCUGGAGCUCCAGAGGGCUGUCAGACAAGACCUCACGCUCAGCUGAGGAGGAGUCUGG